AUGGAGACCAGGCCCUGUCCUUAUUUGAAGCAAGGCGUCUCCUUCAUCAAGGCUGCGACGGAAGCAGACCGGAGACAAGACUACGCAUGCGCUUACGAGCGAUACGAGGAUGGUAAACGCUUGCUCAGAUCAGCCUACCAAAAGGAGAAAGAUUCGGACCACGAGAAUGAGAUAGCGGCCAUGUAUGCCAAAGUGUGGCAUAGGGCGCGGGUUUUGAAGGCAUACCUUGACGCACCUGAUGGUCCCAAACCGCCACCACUUCCUUAUGCGUUCGAAGAGAGUAUUGCCUGGAAGUUCAAACCCAAAGCCAACUGGCUGGCGGACGAGCGCGACAUUCGGUCGCGGGAGCAGGAGGAGUGGACAGGAAAUGCAUUGGCAUGCGCGACGUAUGUUGCGGCCACCGUCGUCGUGUUCUCUCAGCGGUCAGUCCUUUUCCAUAUCCUCGACCGGCAAGCGGAAGAUUGGUCGGCGUUGUCCAUGGACGUAGAUCCGCCACAGUACCAGCCAUACACCCUGCUACGUGUGAAGCGCAAGCGGAAUGAGGAGCCUAUGGAGGGUCUCGUCAUCGAGUCUCGCGCACGGAGCAAGAAGAAGCGCGGAACGGUUGACCUGUUCUCUUAUGCGAAGACGAUGGAGGAUAGCGAAUGGCAGGAAGGAGUGGAACAGUCCUUGAGGGACGAAGUUAGUCGCCUCAAUCGCGAAGCUAAGGAGAAAGCAGCCCAAGUAGCUGCAGACGCUACAGCAAAAGCCGACGCCGAGAAGGCUGCUCUCGCUGCCCCACCCUCACCACGUACCUUGCGAGCACAACGCUACACCAUCGUCGCCAAAGACGACGAAGAAACCCCAUCCCGAACCCGCGCGCCUACUUCCCCACCGAAAGUAUGGUCGUCCAAAGAGCUCGAGCAGCAAUCAUCAGCACCGGACAUCAAGAUGUACGACGCUGUACCGGACGAUGGCUCGGACGAGAAGUCUGCAAGCCCCAUGGACUCCGAGAUCGACAAGUUCAUCCCCUUGCUGGACGAGUAUCUGAAGAUGAACGACAUCCACACCAAAGACCAAGCCGCCGACAAGAAAGAAGACGGCGCUGACGACUACGUCUGGGACGUCUUCUACCGCCGCACCGCCAACCCCGGCGACGUUCCUGCACACACAAACUGGGCCACCGUCACCGGCCUCCCGCCCUCGUCCGGGGACUACGACUCCGCGUCCGACUCGGAUGAAGAGUCAGACGAGGCGGACGAAGACUCGAAUGCGGAGGACUGGUACGCGAACGACUACCCGGAGGAGGAGAUGACGGAUGAGGAUGAUUUGUCGUCGGAUGGGUAUCAUGAGACGUCCGAGCACGAGGAGAUUGUCCGCGGUCGGGGGAGCUUUGCUGACGAUGGGGACUGGUAG